AUGUUCUUCUUUUACUUCCCACGGAUCCCCCCUAACACCCGCAGGGACGUCUGGCGCAAACACUACGCGAGCUGCCCACAGAACAACAACCAUGACGAACCUCCCCCGGCGCGCCGCGGGAAGCAGGCCAAGGCCUGCGAUGCCUGUUUCCGCAGCAAACUGGCCUGUGGUGGCAAUGCACCGUGUGGAAGGUGUAGUUCCCGAGGGGCAGCGUGUACUUAUACCCGGCUGCAGCACGAGCUACACGACAAGACGCCAUCACUGUCCCCUGAUACGGCUAGCGUUAUCGGGUCUCAGGCCCCGGCAUUGUCAUCACCGUCAUCACCGUCAUCGCCGCUCACAAAGGAAGCUGCAGCCAAAACCCCGAUCUCCUUUCUUCUCAGUCUGACCAACCCCAAAGCGGAAUCACUCCUCGACGUCUUCUUCACCGAGCCCCAGCCGGAUGACGACAAUGACGACCCAAGCACAGAACUUCAACCCGAACUCCUGAAUCCUACCGAUCAGUACUCCCAGCCAUUUACUGCCGCUGAUACUAUGUUCCUCCCCUGGCUUUUAGACCACGACCUAUUUCCCGAGCCAUCAGUCAUCCCAAGCGAAGAUACCCUUGGACAACUACCAAAUACACCGGAAGAGGAAAUCGACCCCCCUCUCAAACCCCUCCUCACCUCCAUCCAAUCCACAUACAACCACCCACGCCUCCCCUCACCCUCCCAAAUCUUCACCACCCCCAACCGCAUCCUCUUCAUCCGCAGCUACUUCCAGCACACCCACCCACACAUGCCGCUCAUCCACCGCGGCAGCUUAGAUGCCGAAGAAGGCGGGUCCACGCCGGUGUUGGUGUUGGCUGUGGCGUUGGCUGGUGCGUUGUAUGCCCCGCCACGGGACUGUGUUAUUGCGGGCAGGGCGUGGUAUAAAGCGGUGGAGGAGUGGGUUUUUGAACGGUUGGGGGGGUUGGUUGAGGAUUUCAGGUGGUCUUCUGUAUCAAUGGGGAGUUCGAUACCUGGAAUGGGUAAAGGGGGGAGGAAUCUGGAAGGAAAAAGAACUGGGAAAGAAGAUGACGACAGCAAAGCACAGCGCGCGCUGGAAAAGGAAACCUACGAAACCUUACAAGCGGCUAUCUUGAUCACCGGUGCGCAGUUCUUGAUGAACAACCCGGCAUUCCGCAGCAAGCACUGGACGAUGCGUCGGCCGAUGCUGGUGGAGGCGGUGCGUAAGCUUGGGCUGAUGGGGGCACGGCACACGCAGGAUGUAAAUGAGCAUCGGGAACUGGAUUGGGAGCGGUGGGUGUGGGAGGAGACGCGGGUGCGCCUCGCAACAUGGACCUUCCUCGGCGAUUGGCAACAAGCCGGCGUGUUCCACGUCCCCGGCUGUUCGGCCAUCUACGAAAUGACCGGCGACAUGCCCUCGUUACCCGCGCUCUGGGACGCUAAGUUGGCAGACGAGUUCCACCGUGCUGUCAUCCACAUACGCACACAGCAGCCCGGGUGCUGGAAACGUACCGCUUCGCUGCGAACAUGCAUGGAUGCGCUGCUGGGGGAGAAUUGGAAGGGCGUGGGGGGGUUCCCGUUGAAGGGGUUGUCGUUGUUGGAUUUGCAUAUUUUGAUCUCGACCCUCCACACCCAAAUAGCAACAGCCCACCACUCUCUCCUCCUCCCACUCCCAUCCAUCAUCCCUCUCCUCCGCCGAGCCACCCUCCGCUGGCAAGUCCUCUGGGAAACCACCCUAGGCCCUCUCACCGCCGACGAGGUCCGCGCAAGCGGGUUUGUACGGCACGGCGGUGAGUAUUGCUGGUUAGCGAGGGGGUUGUUGAGUCGAGCAGAGAGGUAUGUGAGGGGAAGUGAGAAGGGGAAAGUGAGAGGAAUGGUGGGGGAAGGGUAUUUUGAGAGGUUGGGACAUGAGACGCCGAGGGAGUUGCAUGAGAUGUUGAGGGGGUUGAGGGGGGAGGGUAAUCUUACGAGGGAAUAA